CGCGGCUUUUCAGUAAUUGCCGCGUUGCCUCUACACAUCGUCUCUUCGCGCUCGCUUAAGGGAGUUUCCCUGUCCUCUUGUGAAGCUUGUCUGUCUUUACUUCGAAAGCUCCAGCUAUGAUCCCGACGCCCGCAAUGAGGUGGUUGCUGCUGCUUGUCCUCUCCUGCGCUCUCCUCGGCCCGCCCGCCGCCGCACGACCACCACACAGACAGAAGCGUGUGAGCGACCAGCGACUGGCAGAACUGGAGACCCUUCUGGCACUGGCCAAGAUGAAGAACAGGAAGUACGUGACCCUCCCCGUCGGCUUCGGCCUCAUCGAUGUCCAGCAGAUCGGCCGCCGUAAGAGGGCAGCAUCCUUGGCAGCGCCCCGUGACCUCCCUGUCCACAACCCUGAGGAGUACGACAUUGGUGACCUUUUUGCCGACCUUUCGUCCGUCUUCUCCGCUGACUCCAUGCGAAACGAGCGAGGCUACGACGACACAUACCCCGUCGAUGACCUGAGUGUCGUGGAGGAGCUGAAGGAGAGCGGGAAAGAGAGCGAGAAGCAAGGCCAUCUGGCGGAAGUCAGGCCGGGCUCUAGGACGUUCUUCGUGGGGAUGGAAGGUGUCCCCCGCCAGAGGUAUAUUUAGAUAAAUCGGAAACCUUCACAGUAUCCGGAUGAUCUGCCAACUCUACGUUUAUUUAUUUAUUUCCACUGAAGCUAGUCACAAGUUACUCUUAAGUUUUGCUGGUCUCACAUCCCUCCUCCAGCCCCCCCCCCUCCUCCCGCGCUCCCCCGAGCAGCACCUUUGCACGGAAGGCAGACGAGAAGAGAAGGCAAUGGCCGGAGAGCGAAGCCGAGUGGAUGACUCAGUCUGCAGCAUCCAGAAGUCGGUCUCAAGGAAGAGGUUGCUUAGGAUCCACCGAGUUUGUCCUUCCAUCGUCUCAUGUCCCGAUUACGGGGUUCAGCGAAAGAGAAACGGGGAAAAUGCCAUUUCCAUAAAGUACACAUAAAAUGCGAAAGUAGACAUUAUCAUACUGGCAAAAACACUCAAGACACACGCACACACGAACCCAGCUUCACGAGGGGAGAAUAUUUACAAGAAGAGAGGCAUUGCCAUGUCAUUAUGUUGUAUUUACUUGUGAAUGUCUUUCAAUUCUUAUUUUUACUACAAAUGCUGUCAACUUUAAACGAAGAUUUCUCUUCUCGAUUUAAAGAUGAAGUUCUGGUAUACACCAUGUUCUAUAAUUUACCUCUGUUGUUUAAAUUGAGAUCUGUAAAUGUAAACAUAUCACGCUGAGUAUUAGUGAAUAAAAAGGUCAGCUCAAGGAAGGAAAAUAUGAUCUGAGCUUCCUACCCCGAAAAUAUUCCAUAUAAGGCUUCAAAGCGAAAUGUGAAGGAUCUAAUAGCACAGGGGCCUUUUGGAAGUCAUUUAAAAGAAUUCAAUGCGAUCCCGAACACCGAGCUCCCGUAGUUAUAAAUCCACCAAUUUCGCAUUUUAUAGACCGAUUGAAAUUAGUUGAGUUGGCCGACGGCGGGCCUGCGGCGAGGAAGGGCAGGUGCUCAGCAGUGUCAUGGAGGCUGGAAGUUUGGCCAUGAAACGUUUUGUAAUAAAUUAUUCAAAAGUUUCGUACAUGGUCGUUUACUAAAAUAAAUAAAUAAACAAAUAAAUAAAUAAAAAAGGAGAGAAAAGAAAACACGUGGUACUUGGGUUUCUAACAGACCGUUUUGUAUUUCUUACUUAGCAUGGAAGUUUCUAACACAUUCAAGACAUCAUUAAUCAGGUGGAACGCUAAACUCGUGAACGCAGACUAUCAGAGAGCGAACCCUCCUGGUUUCUGUCAUAAGUGAGGGACUUCAGACUUCCUCUGUUUCGGGCUUGACUUCAAUGAAUACUGAAUCAAAGAGCACCUGUCCUUGCCCUUGCCCAAACAGCGUUUAAUCUUUCCUCUAGUCUCGAGUCUGACGAGUCUUCAAACUAGUCGCUCUUAAUCGCUUCUACCCGCCCGAAGGCCAACGGCCAACGCUUAGAGUAAAAGG